GUGACCAGUCAAAUGGGGCAUGGUCUAGAGGUGGGGGCGUGGCCAAGGCAGUGGGGCAGACGAGGGGGCGUGGCUACGAUGGCUAAAUUUGCAAGCUGGAGUCUCGGGAGUAGGAUUCGUGCUGCUCCGAAAACGCUCAGGUUCCUGCAAGUUCUCUGCAAUCUGACCAAGACCUCAAGCCAAAGAUGGUGCUGAUGAGUAGCCUGAGAGUCAUUCUUCAAGCCUCUCCAUGCAAAACACUGUGGAGAAGAUUCCAGAUUCUGAGGUCCACGCCUGUGAGGCCCUGCAGCCUCUACACUUGCACUUACAAAACCCGGAACCGAGCCUUGCACCCACUCUGGGAGAGGACGGACCUGGUCCCGGGAGGUGAGCGCCAGUCGCCCAUCAACAUCCGGUGGAGAGACAGUGUCUACGAUCCUGACUUAACACCGCUCACCAUCUCUUAUGACCCGACCACCUGCCUACAUAUCUGGAAUAAUGGAUACUCCUUCCUUGUGGAAUUUGAAGAUUCUACAGAUAAAUCAGUGAUCAAGGGAGGACCUCUGGAACACAACUUCCGAUUGAAGCAGUUCCAUUUUCACUGGGGGGCCAUCGAUGCCUGGGGCUCCGAGCAUACCGUGGACAGCAAAUGUUACCCAGCUGAGCUGCACCUGGUGCAUUGGAAUGCAGUCAAAUUUGAGAGCUUUGAGGAUGCAGCACUGGAAGAAAAUGGGCUGGCUGUGAUAGGAGUAUUUUUAAAGUUAGGGAAACAUCAUAAAGAGCUACAGAAAUUGGUGGAUACAUUGCCAUCAAUUAAGCAUAAGGACGCCUUGGUAGAAUUUGGGUCAUUCGACCCUGCCUGCCUGAUGCCCACCUGCCCGGAUUACUGGACCUACUCGGGAUCCCUGACAACCCCACCACUCUCUGAGUCUGUCACCUGGAUCAUUAAGAAGCAGCCUGUAGAGGUUGAUCAUGAUCAGCUUGAGCAAUUUCGGACCCUCCUCUUCACUUCCAAGGGGGAGAAAGAGAAGAGAAUGGUGGACAACUUCCGUCCCCUUCAGCCUCUCAUGAAUCGCACUGUCCGCUCAUCCUUCCGUCACGAUUACGUGCUCAAUAUACAAGUGACACCUAAGCCGACGACCAGCCAAGCGAGCCCCUAAGUGCCCAUUUCUAGGUGGUGUUUUGCACUAAUACACACUAGCUUUUAAAAAAUUAACGAAGACUAUUCUAAACACCUGCAUUUACUACUAAUUAUGAAUGUGCAUCUCUUGGUUUGGCAGUGCUCCUUGAGUCUUUUAUUGAUAAUGAUGUUUAGCACUGACAUAGCAGCAAGAGACACAAGUUUCUCUUAGAGCAACCUGUCUGACAUUGUUGAGCUGGUAAGUCACAGACACUGACCAUCCAAAAUGCAGGCCUUUCAGAAAUAGCCGCAGGGCCCAUUCUGGUACUUCCUGGCUGAACAUUGGCCAUGGCUUUAGGUACGUUUUAUUUCAAAGCAUGGAUGAGUUUUCUUUUAUAAGGCCUUCUCAAUGAGCAAAUUUGCGCUGAUCUUUAGUUAUCUUACUAGUACAUGAUAUGCUUCCUUACUUAUUAUCAAUUUAUGAUAUAGAACAAAUAUUUUGCAAUCCUAGGAAAACAAGGACUUACUGAUAGCUAAGGAUCAGGUAUCUUACUUAAAGGCUUGAUCAUAUAGAAAGCAUAUGCAGUGUAGAACAUUUUAAAGAUAAUGCUUAAAGUGCCUAGAAUUUAGAAUUCUUUCAUGAUAUGUCUACAGAAGUAUUUUUCAAAUGACUAAAAUAUAAUAAUCUAUAGUUUAUACUAUUAUUUUUGCAUUAUUUGUACAUUGUUUCAUAGACUAUGAUAAUAUUUUUCACAAUGACAGAACUAUUUUGGCUUCCCUUGAAAAGUGUCUAAACUUUAUUUUAUUCCGUUAGUUGAGUUCUAUGCAAGGCAGGUGAUCAAAAUAAAUCUCCCAAUUUAUACAGUGGCUUAGAAGACUUUUGCUACAGUAGUAGGGGAAAAUCUUGUCAAGCAGGCUAAAAUCUAGAUAAUUCUACAUAUUCUAGAGAAUCCGUGCCUCUAUUGCCCUUGUUUGUAAAUAUCUUGGAGUGUUGCUAAUUGCCAAUAAGGCUGUGUUCAAGCACAAUAUUGCAUUAACCAAUAGUAUUUCUUUCAUUAAUAUGCCAGUCAUCUCAUCUACAAGAUAGGGUUGGAUAAAUACGUCAUAUACUUAACACUACUGAACCAUACACUGAACAAGGUUAAGAUGGUAAGUUUUUUGUUAUGUGUAUUUUACCACAAUCAGAAAUAAAUAAUAAUUCAGUAGGAAUAAAACAGUUGGAGUUGUAUGCAUAAGUUUAAGGGGGUAUCUCUGCUCUAAAGGAGUUUAGAAGGGGGAUAGAGGCAUUUGCUUCUAGGGUACAUGCCUUUCUGGGAAAGGGAAAGCAAGUAUUCACUGGGAAAUGAAUACAAUUUUUUACAAAAUGUUUUAUUUAUUUAUCUUUAGAAAGAGGGGAGAAGAGAGGGAGAAAACAGGGAGAGAAACAUUGACAGGAGAGAGAUGCUUUCUGACUGGAGCCGAACCCUCAAUCCUUCGUGCUGUGGGACUAUGCCCAACCACAUCAGCCAGGGCUGAAUACAAUCCUUGAAAAGAUGAAUGUGGGACCCUUGUUGAUGUGGCUCGGUGGAUUGAGCGCCAGCCUGUGAACCAAGGGGCCACAGGAUCGAUUCCCAGUCAGGGCACAUGCCUGGGUUGAGGGCCACGUCCCCAGUAGGGGGCAUGCAAGAGGCAACCACACAUUGAUGUUUCUUUCCCUGUUUCUCUAAAAAUAAAUAAAUGAUAUCUUUUAUAAAAAGAUGAAUGUGGGGAAAAAGUUUGUGUUAACUAAACGACCUGUUUCAAACCAUAGCUAUCUUAAAAGGGUAGACAUACAAGAUAUGCAUUAUUUUUCUCACACAGGUUUCUCUCCUGGACCUCUUGCAAACUCUUAAUACAAAAUUCUAUUGCAGUGAGUUUCCAAAUUGCAAUGAGAAGCAAUUUACAGAACACUUAACUUACCUUUAUAUGUUAGAGAUACAAAGAGUGUACAGCUGACCCUUGAGCAACAUGGUUUGAAAUGUAUGGGUCCACUUAUACAUGAAUUUUU